AAAAUAUAUAACAGAAAUGGAAACCUUACUUUAAACCGCGCAUUUAAGGCAAGGUCAAAGUGUGAGCCAGGCUUAGAAAUUUCAAAUUACAGGCGCGAGAAAAAGAGGUACGUCGAAACGCCGUUGAGAGGGAGCGCGAAAUGAGCCAACGGUCUAGCGGAACGACAAAUUAUAUGAUUCUUGUUGCAAUUUCCGUUCGUGAUUUCCCGCGGAAGUUUCCUCACGAUCUACCUUCAUCGCUCGACAUUUAUCCAGAGACUGGAAUUUUUCUGCGUUGUGUUUUUACGCUAACCGGAGAUAGUGAGUGAUUGUUUUUCCAUGGAUCUGCUGCUAUCGGAGGCGAUGCAAUUGGUGCAUCUGAUCAUUUCUAAUGAAUCGGCGCACCGGAUGAUUUCAUAUUUCGGUCUCUUCCAAUUCAAAUAUUAUGUAUGAUCAUCUGGUGUUGGAUCUUCUUGUCUAUCAUACAUCAUUGAGAAUUUGUCUCACUGAAAUCAUCGCACUAUGUCGAAAUGCUUGCUUCUUGUUUGCAUUCCGCACUUUCUAUUCUUGUCAAUAGCAUCUGAUCGUCUACUUUUCCUCUUUAGCUCAAUGCAUCUAGAAGCCCAUUCCAGAGGACGUAUGCUGCCCAGGUUAAACUUGGAGAAUUUGAGGCAGUCGUUAGAGAUAAAUGACAACAACGAGAAGUUACAACGCAAUUGGAGUGAGCAAUUGGAAGAUAAGCUUGUACUUCAGAGAAGGCAUGGGAUGUUUUUAUUGAUAAGGAGUUACUAUAAUUCUGUUGGUGAGUUUUUCCAUCUAGCUCAAAGCAUAGCUGCAGCUGAGCAAAGAGAACAGGAAGUGCAGCAAAACGGGGAAGGAUCCAUUGACAGUCCCUUAUUAUUGGAACAAGGGCAAAUGUGUCUGAGACAAGCUGUGGUUGAUGGUUCCAUCACUGAUCCUGUAUCUGGGGUGAAGGUCGAGAAAAAUGUGUUUGUCAUAUUUUAUUCUGGAGAGAGAGCAAAGGAUAAAAUUCUGAAAAUAUGCGGAGCUUUUGCAAUGUUACCCAUUCACUGAUGACUUGGUCAAACAAUUUCAGAUUA